AUGGCUCCAGGCGGUGGUGGAAACAUUAAGGUGGUGGUGCGAGUCCGGCCUUUCAAUAGUCGAGAGAUUGAACGCGGCGCAAAAUGUAUUGUGUCUAUGAAAGGAUCGCAGACCGUCCUCACACCCCCACCAGGCGCAGAGGAGAAAGCACGGAAGGGCGGGAAGGGUGCCAUUGAAGGAAAUAAGGUCUUCGCCUUUGACCGUUCAUAUUGGUCCUUUGAUAAGAAGUCCCCAAACUACGCUGGUCAAGAUGACCUGUUCGACGAUCUGGGUUCUCCCCUUCUUGACAAUGCUUUUGGGGGUUACAACAACUGUAUCUUCGCCUAUGGCCAGACCGGUUCAGGAAAAUCAUACUCUAUGAUGGGAUAUGGUAAAGAAUACGGUGUCAUCCCACGAAUCUGCCAGUCGAUGUUCGAGCGUAUCAAGUCGAUCCAGGCGGACAAGUCUUUGAACUGCACCGUUGAGGUGUCGUACCUCGAGAUCUACAACGAGCGGGUACGCGAUUUGCUCAACCCGUCAAACAAGGGUAACCUUAAAGUCCGUGAGCAUCCGUCAACGGGCCCAUACGUUGAGGAUCUAGCGAAGCUUGUUGUUGGAACUUUCGAGGAAAUCGAGAACCUGAUGGACGAGGGUAACAAAGCUCGAACGGUGGCCGCUACCAACAUGAACGAGACUUCCAGUCGAUCGCAUGCCGUUUUCACCCUGACCUUGACACAAAAAAGACAUGAUGCCGAGACCUCGAUGGAUACCGAGAAGGUCUCGAAAAUUAGUUUGGUCGAUUUGGCUGGUUCAGAAAGAGCCAACUCAACUGGAGCCACUGGUGCACGGUUGAAGGAAGGUGCAGAGAUCAAUCGUUCGUUGUCAACACUUGGUCGUGUCAUCGCCGCGCUGGCUGAUGUGUCUGCCGGCAAGAAGAAGAAUGCGUCCAUGGUACCAUAUCGUGAUUCAAUCUUGACAUGGUUGCUGAAGGAUUCCCUGGGUGGAAAUUCCAUGACCUCUAUGAUCGCCGCAAUUUCUCCUGCAGAUAUUAAUUUUGACGAAACUCUUGGUACGCUGCGAUAUGCCGAUUCAGCCAAACGAAUCAAGAACCAUGCUGUUGUCAACGAAGAUCCGAAUGCCCGCAUGAUUCGCGAACUCAAGGAGGAGCUCGCACAGCUGCGAUCGAAACUUGGGGGUGGAGCUGGACCUGGAGGGGCAGCUGGUGCCGUGGGUGGCGGUGCACCCCAGGAAUAUUACCCUCCCGACACACCGUUAGAGAAGCAAAUGGUCUCUAUUCAGCAGCCGGAUGGAAGUGUUACCCAAGUCAGCAAGGCUGAGAUUGUAGAACAGCUUAACCAGAGUGAGAAGUUGUACAAAGAUCUCAAUCAGACUUGGGAGGAGAAAUUGCAGAAUACGGAGCAAAUCCACAAGGAGCGUGAAGCAGCUUUGGAGGAACUGGGAAUCAAUAUUGAGAAAGGCUUUAUUGGAAUGAGCACGCCGAAGAAAAUGCCACAUUUGGUCAACCUUAGCGAUGAUCCGCUUCUUGCGGAAUGUUUGGUUUACAAUAUCAAACCUGGAACCACUACGGUUGGUCAUAUGGAUCAGAAUCAAACUGUCGAGAUCCGACUGAACGGAUCUAAGAUUCUUGAAAAGCACUGCACAUUCGAGAAUGCUGAUAAUAUCGUGACCAUCGUACCGACCGAAGGUGCUGCUAUUAUGGUUAAUGGCAUGCGAGUCGACAAACCGACACGAUUAAAGAGUGGUUUCCGAAUCAUCCUUGGUGAUUUUCACAUCUUCCGUUUCAAUCAUCCCCAAGAAGCCAGGGCAGAACGUGUCGAGCAGAGUUUACUUCGCCAUUCCGUCACCACGAGCCAGCUUGGGUCACCAGCGCCAAACAAAACGCAUGAUAGAAAUUUAAGUAAGGCCGGAUCAGACAUCGAUGGUGAAUCUAACAGGGCGGACUCACCUAUGCCCUCGCAGCGUAGCCGUGAGUCAGACUGGUUCUUAGCCCGCAGAGAAGCCGUCAGUGCCAUGGUUGGACCGGACCAAAUCUCGAAUUUGCCUGAUGAUGAAUUGGACACACUGCUGGAAGAUGUGCAAAAGGUUCGAGCGGGACGACGUGGACUUGCGGAAGAAGAGGAUUCAGACUCCAUCAGCUCCUUCCCCAUUCGAGACAAGUACAUGUCCAACGGGACCAUCGAUAAUUUUUCACUAGACACCGCGAUAACCAUGCCAAGCACGCCCCGGCAGAACGACGACGAUGAAGUAGAUGGCGUCGCAUCACUCAACCAAGCUCGACAGGACAUGCAGCGGCAGCUGGAUCGCCGCAAGGAAGAGUUCCAAGAGAAACUCAAGACUGUGGAGGCUUCAUCCGACCCAGACUCGCCGGAGCUACGUACCGAGAAAGAGCGUAUGGAACAUGCACUGCAGGCCGCUAAGGAGGAAUUUGAAGAGCAACUUCGCAAGCAAAAGGAGUCCUUCGAAUCUCAUAUCCGAGACAUGGGCAAACCCGUUCCCCAGAUCUUCGAGAAUGGCUUUGCCCGAUUAGACGAGCAUGAACUUGAGAUUGCACGGUCAGUGUAUACCCACUGGUCUCAGCGCAAUUACGUACGAAUGGCCGAAAAGAUUCUCCAACAUGCCUCUCUCCUGAAAGAGGCGCAGAUUAUGAGCCAUAUCAUGGACAAGCAUGUGGUCUUCCAGUUUGCUAUUGUCGACCAUGGCCACAACAUGGAAUCGUCUUAUGAUCUUGUGUUGAACGGAAUUGCCGGCGAUGAGGACAUCAUUCUUGAUGAGGCCAAGAAGCCUUGUGUCGGAGUUCGCGUCAUUGACUAUAAACAGUGCGUGAUCCACUUAUGGUCAAUUGAGAAGCUCCAGCGCCGUGUCCAAGCAAUGCGGCAGUUGCAUCAGUACAUUGACCGCCCCGACUAUAUCCAACACUUCAAGCUCGAUAAUCCAUUUUCUGAGCCUUGCUCACCCCAAUAUUCUCUUGUCGGUGACGCCGACAUACCCUUGACGGCUGUUUUUGAGACUCGUGUGCAAGACUUUUCUGUCGAAAUAACCUCUCCAUACACCCAAAGUGUUGUUGGAAUCAUUCGACUCUCGCUUGAACCAUCCUCCGCGCAGGCGCCUUCCUCAACACUUAAGUUCAACGUUGUCAUGCGGGACAUGGUCGGGUUCGCGGAGUGGGAAGGGUCGGAUGUACACGCGCAGUUGUUUGUCCCAGGUAUUUCAGAGGAAGGAGGCGCAACUACAACUCAAAUGAUCAAAGGAUUCGAGGACAGCCCAGUCCGAUUUGAAAGUGUACACAGCAUGAGUUUGCCGUUGUCCAGCCCACGGACAGCUGCCUUGAAGGUCUGUGUCUAUGCUGGUGUGACAUCUGUUCACCUCGACAAGCUGCUUAGCUGGGACGACAUGCGUGACUCAGCGGAGCCUCUACCCCAGAAACGAACUGCUCCUCGCAUUGCCGAAUCCGAAUUCUACUCCGAGGAACGUCAUGAUGUAUUUGCUAGAAUUCAAAUACUGGAAAUGGCAGAAUCUGGUGAAUAUCUUCCCGUGGAGGUUGUUCAGAGUAGCAGCCUUGAUGCGGGGACAUCCCAGCUUCAUCAGGGAUUGCAGCGCCGCAUUUCCAUCAAUAUGACAUACAGCUCGACGGAAAGCCUUCCGUGGGAUGCUAUCAACAAUGCCCGAGUAGGAUCUGUUCGCCUGCUUGACCCUUGGGGCAAGAUCCCAGAUCAAGAUUUCCAGACUCCCGACGUCCCUCUGAAGUUUGUUCAAGACCCGAUGGUCAGAGAUAAUGCAGAUGGAACCUCCAACGUCACAAUCGUGGGCCAAUGGGACUCGAGUCUUCACGGAUCUUUGCUGCUUGACCGAGUGACUGCAGAGAAAUACCGGGUUCAGGUGACUCUGCGUUGGGAUCUUGUCUCUAGCCGUUUACAAAAUCCCGUCGUGUUCGAGGCAGACCAGACGAUCCAGAUCCAAGGUCGUACCUACGUUCGCCAGCAGUCGAUGUUCAAACAAUUCUGGAAUUCUAUCCGUGUUGUGCACUCAACAACUCGGAUGUAUUCUUUGGUCAUUCGGCCCAUCUCAGCCAAGCGCGCUGCUGAUCUGUGGCGCAUGAAUACGCAAAAUGACUAUGUCAAAGGAGAGGAGCUUUUGACCACCUGGGCUCCUCGAAAGGUCUCUCUCGUACGAGACUACAUUGCCAACCGUAAACGCCGGCAGCGGGUGGCAGAGCUUCACGCUGCUCGAGGUGCUCUCAGUGCAGGUAGUUUGAUUCCCUCUCCAGCUCGCAGUGGAAGGUCGACUCCAAUGCGGGGUACAGAUCUCAAUGAGCGUAAAUCCAAACUGCUGCGGAACGGCGCACCGCAAAAUUCGGAUAUGAACGGUCUCUCUGACAGGCUUUCACUCAAACCUCGCUUCAUAGCAACCAUCCAAACUCUUCCCAAAGCCCCAGACGCCUUAAAGACAGGCUAUGUGCUUACUCCCGAUGACACCAACAACGUCUGGGUGCGUCGUUUCGUGGAGCUCCGCCGGCCGUACCUCCACAUCUACUCGGUCCCAGAGGGAGACGAGAUCAACGCCAUCAACCUCCGCAAUGCGCGUGUCGAUCAUGCGCCCGACUUCGCAAGAUUAUUAGACGGCUCAGGAGCUGGAGCCGACCGUUCGCUAUCUGCCAAGGGACGGCCGAAUAUCUUCGCAGUCUAUGGAACCCAGAACACCUUCCUCUUCGCUACACGCACUGAGGCACAGAAGGUAGAAUGGAUCUUGAAGAUAGACGAGAGCUACUUCAACAGCAACAGUCCCCGUCCACCCAUGAAUGGCAACUAA